GUUAUUACAAUUAAAAAACCGUUUCUGACCUAACUUUUGUAUGAAACUUUUGAAAAUGUGGACUCGUCCAGCCAUGAGAUACAUCUACAAGGAUAAUCGACCCGAAAUCCUUCUCGAGGACGACGAUGUGCAAAAGAUUUGGCGCUGGUCCCGAUCCGCCAUCCUUUCACAAUAUUACUCAUCUCCUUUGGAUAUUCUGACCGAUGAGGAUUAUCGAGCAAGGAUCAGCCGCAUUCAACAUGGCCUCAUUUUGUUCUACCUUCAGUGGGAAGGAGGGAGCCGCACGGUGAAGGAGCAACUCCUCAACGUCUUGACGGACUUUCAUAAGGACUCGGAAUUCCAAGUGCCGUUUCUGGGUGCUCUAGAUUGCUACGAUUGGCCAUUAGUCUGCGAACAGGAGACGAUCAGAGAAUACCCGACUGUUAGACUCAUCAAAGACGGUCAAAUUCUGGAUUACAGGAGGACACUGACCAUCAAAGAUCUUAGAUCAACUCUCAAGCUGUUGCAGAGGCCAGCUGUCGAAUUGAUCGGGACGAUCAAAGGAGUCGAAGACUUCUUGUCUUCCGAAACGCUCGACAAAUACGAAAUGGAGCAGAACGUGAUCCUCUUCUGGCCGAAUCUUGCCAGCAAAUACGACGGAGAAAGGCUGGGGGUGUUGGGUGCGCUGAUUGGGCAUUACAUGUUUGCAAUGGCAGACAAUUCCUUAUCCUACAUAUUGUAUCAAAAGUACGGUCGCCACCAGGGUCUCCUGCAUUGGGAACAACCCUGGGCAAUGGUUGCUCGAGGAUCUGAUGGUUACAUUCCCCAUCACGUCCGAUCUGUUCUCAUCCUUCUCGAUAAUGGAACCAUCUCGAGCUUCUUUGCAGACAUCACCAUCCCCAUUUUUGGUGAGUUGAAUGCAGCGACAUACCCAAUGUAUACAAGGACAGGGAAGCCCCUGGUGAUGGUUUUAGGCACGGAGUUCCAACGUAUCGCCCCAGCCUCUAUUCUUAGUCGUCUUGCUAUUUCGAGCACUUACCCGCAAUUCCAUUUUGUCUGGCUCAACAGUGGCAAGCCGGAAGUGUCGGUGGCGACGAAGGAUGGGGGACGCGUGGUCAUUCUGGACCAGGGCGAGAAUAAUGCAUUCUGGUACGAUGGAGACACUUCCUUGGAGAAAGACAUUCGUGCUUGGAUCUCCGACUACGUCGACGGGAAACUCUCUCCUCAAUGUACGGAACGUUGA